ACCAUCAUCUUCUUGGGCCCAGGCACCGCCAUAAAACUGGUCUAAGGGGCGGGGUUUCCGCACCUCCUCCAUCCCAGGCUGCAGACCCGGCAGGGAUGUUCCCUGUUCAGGAGGAGGCAGACAGGACCGUGUUUGUGGGCAAUUUAGAGGCCCGAGUGCGAGAAGAGAUUCUUUACGAGCUGUUCCUUCAGGCCGGACCACUAACUAAAGUGACUAUUUGCAAAGACAGAGAAGGAAAGCCAAAGUCCUUUGGAUUUGUCUGCUUCAAGCAUCCUGAAUCAGUGUCUUAUGCCAUAGCUUUGCUGAAUGGAAUUCGUUUAUAUGGAAGACCAAUUAAUGUGCAGUAUCGAUUUGGAAGUUCUUACUCUUCUGAACCAGCUAACCAAAGUUUUGAGAGCUGUGUUAAAAUAAAUUCAUACGACUACAGGAAUGAUGAAAUGUUGGGCAGAUCUGCCUUUCCCAGGCAGUUUUUUCCAGUUAAUAAUACUGCUUUACCUCAGGAAUAUUUUUUCUUUCAGAAUAUGAAUCCUGUGUCACAGUUUCCUUUCUAUGACAUGACAGCUCUGCUUCCCAGCAGUGCAUCUGGGCCUUGCACCUUAAAUCAUGCUCCAGACCUAGAGACUGGACCCAGCUGCUAUGAAUGGAUGCACCAACAGCCAAGUGAGCCUGACCAUUAUCAGAUGAAUAAACGUAAGAGGCAAAAGCAGGCUAGUGACAGUGACAGCAGCCCAGAAAACAAUAGAGGAAAUGAAGGCAGCCAAAAAUUCCGAAAGUGUAAGAAGAAGAAAAGAUACUAGCCUUGUCCUCAAGCGAGAUGUGCCGGCACUGGUCUUAAUUCUCUCUAAAACAGAAUCUUUAUUGUACCAAAUAACCAAUUUCUUGGCUGUCUUGUCUUUUGUGAACUACAUAAAAAUGCUGCUUUCUGACUUUCUGUCUGUUUUUGCCCUGAAUGACAAGUGUUAAUAUAUAUAUAACAUGAUACUUUUGUACUUGCAAGAAUAAUUUUGACCCAUUAUAAAUAAGAAUGUACUUUUUAUCAUUUUAUUUUAGUAAUGAAGAUGAACUUUCACUCAACUCUAAAGCCACUCACUAAGCACUUGAGAGUAGAGCACUAUGUUCUCCCUAGAUCCUCACGUCUGGCUUUCAGCUGAAAAUAGACUAGCAUUAGAAAUGAAACAGUGGGUUGCUGGAAAAAAAUAAUACAAAUAUUUAAGAAUAGUAUGUUCUUAAUGAAUGUAUGACAAGCAGGCUUUCAUUCCCUUUGUUAUUAACACUUUACUUUGUAUGUCUAAAAAUAGAUGUCUCUAAGUGUCACACUCUUUCAGGUUGAUUUCAUAUGACUAUAGUGCCAAAGGAAAGAUAAUUGCCACAUGCUUAACUGUAGAUCAUUCCCUUUCUUAUAUGAUUUGAAUUGAGUCUCUUUACAUCAUAUGUAUGUUUUUAAUGACAAUUAGUUGACAGUGUCAGUAUUUACUAUUUCUUUUGUCAAAGUCUGAGAGAUGUUAGCAUAUGUAGAUCUUGAUGAACAAGUGUAUAGAAUGACAUUUCAUCGAUCUAUAUUUCAUACCUGUUGUCCAAACUUUUAUUUUUUGAAUCUCUUAUAUUAGAUGAUAUAUGAACUAUAUAUAAAGUAAAUGGUUUAUGUCAAUGUUUUGUUAAUUUUAUGCCUCAGCAUAAACUAGGAUGAUGAAAGUCAUAUUUAUUAAAGCUAAUUGAAAGGAUCAUUCAACCUCAUUAGGAUUAAUCUGCUCAGUUCAAAAAGAAAAACCAUGCUUGGAUGUUUCUUUUGCAUGUCACAUAGCAUUUUAUACAUAUUAUUCACUUAAAAGAAUAAAAAUAUGUUUUAA